GGGGCUGCCACCGCGGCGGCCACCGGCUCCCCGGGCGCGCAGCGAUCAUGGAGAAGGCGGCCCAGAGCGCAGACAGCGGCGGCGGUGGGGGCAGCAAUAGCAGCAGCCGGAGCAGCAGCCGCGCCACCUCGGCAGGCUCCUCGCCCUCAUGCUCCCUGGCUGGCCGAGGGGUGGCCAGCCGCUCUGGGGCCGCGGGACUGGGCGGCGGGGGCAGCCGCAGCAGUCCCGGCUCGGUGGCCGCUAGCCCGUCCGGAGGAGGCGGCCGCAGGAGGGAGCCGGCGCUCGAGGGCGUGCUCAGCAAAUACACCAACCUCCUCCAGGGCUGGCAAAACAGGUACUUUGUGCUGGAUUUUGAGGCUGGCCUCCUGCAGUAUUUUGUGAAUGAACAGAGCAAGCACCAGAAGCCCCGAGGAGUCCUGUCUUUGUCUGGAGCCAUCGUGUCCCUGAGCGACGAAGCUCCCCACAUGCUGGUGGUGUACCCUGCCAAUGGAGAGAUGUACAAGCUGAGAGCUGCUGACUCGAAGGAGAAGCAGUUGUGGGUGACUCAGCUUCGAGCGUGCGCCAAAUACCACAUGGAGAUGAGUUCCAAGAUGAUGAACCAGGUGGAAGGUCAGCAGAAGAACCUCGUGCACGCCAUUGAGUCCCUGCCAGGCUCAGGCCCCCUCACUGCCUUGGACCAGGACCUGCUUCUCCUGAAGGCUACCUCUGCCGCCACCCUCAGCUGUCUCGGGGAGUGCCUCAGCCUGCUCCAGCAGAGUGUGCGCCAGGCGGCGCCACCCAGCCACAAGCCAGGCGCCUCAGACAACAUCCUGGGAUGGCAUGGGCCCACAUCACAUUCCACAGACCAACUGAAAAAUGGGACCCUUGGCUCUCUACCCUCUGCCAGUGCCAACAUAACAUGGGCGAUUCUACCGAACUCUGCAGAAGAGGAAAACAGCUCACAGCCGGAGCCAGAGCCAGACUCAGGCCCUGAACUGGUUCUGUCCGAAGAAGAACAGAGUGACAAUGAGGACAAGGGAGAGGUGGAGCUGGGCGCCAUGGAGGAUCAGCGCAGUGUAAUCCUUCACCUCAUCUCGCAGCUCAAGCUGGGCAUGGACUUGACCAAGGUGGUGCUCCCCACGUUCAUUCUGGAGAAGCGGUCCUUGCUGGAGAUGUACGCAGACUUUAUGGCGCACCCUGACCUGCUGCUGGCCAUCACUGCCGGGGCGACGCCAGAGGAGAGAGUCAUUAGCUUCGUGGAGUAUUAUCUUACGGCCUUCCACGAGGGCCGCAAAGGCACCCUGGCCAAGAAGCCCUACAACCCCAUCAUCGGCGAGACCUUUCACUGCUCCUGGGAGGUUCCUAAGGACAGAGUCAAGUCGAAGUGGACUUCCCCCCACCCUCCCAUUAGUGUUCACGAGCAUCCGAUGGCCGAUGACCCUUCUAAAAGCUAUAAGCUCAGGUUUGUGGCUGAGCAGGUAUCCCAUCAUCCGCCCAUCACCUGCUUCUACUGUGAGUGCAAGGAGAAGAGACUGUGUGUCAACACUCAUGUAUGGACCAAAAGCAAGUUCAUGGGCAUGUCCGUGGGGGUCUCUAUGAUAGGGGAAGGUGUGCUUCGACUUCUGGACCACGGGGAAGAGUAUGUCUUCACAUUGCCCAGUGCCUAUGCCCGCUCCAUCCUCACCGUGCCAUGGGUGGAGCUUGGAGGGAAGGUCAACAUCAGCUGUGCCAAGACUGGGUACUCUGCCACCGUGACAUUCCACACGAAGCCCUUCUAUGGCGGGAAAGUCCACAGGGUCACAGCUGAAGUGAAACACAACCCAACCAAUACCAUCGUCUGCAAAGCGCACGGGGAGUGGAACGGCACCUUGGAGUUCACCUACAGCAACGGGGAGACCAAAGUCAUCGACACGACCACCCUGCCUGUGUACCCUAAGAAGCUUAGACCCCUAGAGAAGCAGGGGCCCAUGGAGUCCAGGAACCUCUGGCAGGAAGUCACCCACUACCUGAGGCUUGGGGACAUUGAUGCAGCCACAGAGCAGAAGCGGCGCCUGGAGGAGAGGCAGAGGGUGGAGGAGAGGAAACGGGAGACCCUUCGCACACCGUGGCGACCCAAGUAUUUCAUCCCGGAGGGUGAUGGAUGGGUGUACUUCAACCCCCUCUGGAAGACACACUGAUGAGAGGAGGUGCAGUACUUCCCGUAAUAGGACUGGUUUUGUAGGAAUUAAAGUGGUACAAAAUCAAAAUUCUGUUGGUAUUUGCUGAAAUCUCUUGUUAGCAUCCAAGUCAGAGAGAGGGGUUACAUACUGUGAGACAUGCACCUCAAAAUUCUGCCUGAGGAUUUUAUUCAAGAGCAGCUGAGGCACGUGGGCACACCUUGCACCUGCCGAGGCUGAGCUGGGUAACCUUGAGCUCCUUUUUAUUCACGAGGGUUGGUGUUCUUUAUUUCUCAUGUUGCCACGGUCUUUCCCACUCGCCAGCUCCUGUCACGAUGCAGGCUGAAGUGGCACAGCUGGUUGACGUCCCUGUCUGGAAAGAGAGCUCAUUUCUGGCAGAGGGGGGAGAGGCCCCCCUUUGGUGAUGCUUGUUCUGAUCCAAGUCCAAGGCUGUCUGUCCACAUCCUAGAAAGAGCAAGCAGGCCUUCCAGUUGCACGAGGUGACAGGAAGCCACUGGAGGCGGAUAUGGAGCCUUCUAGAAGGGAGUGACUCCUGAGGAAUCGGGGCCAGGCCCACCAGGUGGUUUUAUCUAGUCUCUCAGACACUUCUCAUGCCCAGAGCAUGAGACCCUAUGUUCUUCACAGCAGAAAAGAAAUCACACGGUCAUGAGGAAGGGCUCUGGAAGGUCAAUACACGCAUGUGUACACUACACGGACCACCACUGCCUCAUAUCUAGUUGGGGGAAAGAGAACAAGUAGUCUUAUUUUUUUUUUCCUUAAUUUUGACCCAAGCUGCCAGAAAGCCUCUGUAACUAGGACAGCCACGAGCCCCAUGAGCCCCCACUGUCCCAGCUGAGGAUGUCUUCAGCCUCACACAGGUCAAAUACAGACCAAACAAAAUCGAGAAAAAGGAUGUCUAAUUUGAUUUUUGUUCAGUGCUUAAUUUAUUUUUACCAUGCCACCCAAUGAUAUUUAUAAAAUUCAGUAGCAUGAAUGCUUCUCUGUAGUAAUACUUUGUGCCUUUCGUCUGCUUUCUUAAGACCAACUGUUGACACUUUGUAGAUAUUAGACAAAUAUAUUUCGAUUAAAUACUCUUGUGUCUUGUGUGUGUUAUUUUUAAAACCAUGUAUUAUGUGUGUGCAUGUGCUUGCGGAGGGCGUGGGAUCCCCAGAGUCACACAUUAUUGUGAGUAAGCUGCCAGAGAGGGAUGCAGGCAGUUGACCACCACAGUCCUUGCAAGAGCAGUACAUUCUCUUAGCCACUGAGCUGUGUCUCCAGCCCUCAGACCUGUUCUAAAUACACGGAGAAAGCCCCAGAUCAGCAUCACUUAGGGGCUGCUAUCAGUUCUAUGAAAGCAAAUGUUUGAGUCCCGUGUUUAGGGACAACCCAAGCAGGACAAUUGAGAUGCCAUCUCUAUCAACAGUCCUGGAAGAAUGUAAGCCUGGACAAAAAGAACAAAUUCCUAGAAACACAUCCUACUAAGAAUGAGCCAUGAAGUAAGAAAAUUAGAGUAGGUCUAUAAAUAGCAAGGAGAUUGGACCAGUCACUUAAAAUCUC